AUGAGUCUCCAGUCAAUCCUUGAGAACGGGUUCGAAUCCGGCCACCACAUUCGACGCAAGGUGCAAAUCUUUCAGAGCGCUCUGGAAGAGAUUGCCGACAAGUUGUCCAUGCCAGAGCUUCUGCAAAGGUUGAAAGCCACAGACAAUACAACUCGAGUUCGCGAGGACUUGCAUCAAGGCGUGAUGGGAGAGAAAGCUCAGUCUUCUAACACCAACUUACGCGAUGACAGAGCUACAGGGCGUUGGGAGGUCGUCUUAGAUCUACAAUCUGGUUUGGGUGAUGUUCCGGGCUCAUGCGUCUCCCAUAUAUCACCCCCCGAAGCUUCUCGACCAUAUCACGAUAAUGUGCGUUAUGCGGAUAUCAUUUCCGAAGGUGUUUUGUCGCAAGAGAGAGCGGAAUCCUACUUUUUUUUGUAUAAGCAGAGAUUGGACCAUUUCAUAUAUCGCGUACCCGGUGAUUGGUUUCAAACCCUGGAUAAUGUUCGACAAUGUUCACCGCUCCUCACGUCGGUGAUUUGCGCUGUUGGUGCACUUCACUCUACUUCCGCCGACUACGAUGUCUGCUACGGUCACUUCACGGCCUUGGCUGCAAGGAAAUUAUUUGCCAAAGAGCAUACCGUAUUUGAUGUGCUGGCUUUCCUUAUAGGCGCUUACUGGUUGAGCGACAUAUCCUGGAACCUCAUCAGCAUUGCCGUCAGAAUCGCCACAGAGCUCCAGCUCCACCGAGCCAUAUAUCACAUUUCGGACGGAGACAAAUCACGCUACCUCUGUGCACGUGUCUACUACCUUGUCUUUGUUUGCGACCACCACUUCUCUAUUCCAUAUGGCCGAUACCCGUGGACACGUCAGUGCGAAGCAAUCAAACUGGGCCGGCAGCUCCUUUCCGGCCCACAUAGCACAAAGGAUGAUCUACGUCUGGUGUAUCAGGUAGAGCUGUGGUCUCUCACGGAGGAGAUAUCCACAACCUUCGGCACCGACACAGACAGGGCUUUGACAGUCUCAAUGGUACCUGACCUUCAUCGAUUCAGUAUUCAACUUGAUUCUUUUCGUACCGAAUGGAAUGCACGAUGGGUGCCGAAUGCAUUUAUCGGAAACUAUGCACGCAAAGGAUCUGGCCUCUACUAUCACUUCGCCAAGUUGUAUCUCUACUCUCAUGCGCUGCGAGGCUUGGGAAAACACAGCUCCCUUGACCAUGACGUUUCCCAACUCGGUCUCGAUAUUGAUGAGUUCGCUAAUGCGGCCGUCCUUUCAGCUACCACCAUUAUACGCACGGUGAUAAAUGACGGCGAGGUCCAGUCCUUCAUUGAUGGCUUUCACACCUACUUUAACAUCAUGAUCGUGUUCGCCGUCGUCUUCCUGCUCAAGGUGUCAGCCGCUUAUUCUGUCUCAAUUCACCUGGACAAAGCAGAGAUCGCAAGCUUGGUAGAACGCUUACUUGUGGUCCUCAAACGCUCUAUUCUCGGUCUCCACCCAAAACAUCUCCUGGUUAGCAUUUCAAAUGGCAUUGAGCAGGCCCUGAACAACUUUUCCAUGAAUCUGAGGCACGAUCCUGGAAAUCACACAAACGACACCGGUGCAAGCUCGGCGAACGUACCAACUGGGAAUGCUGGGGGUUACGAAGUGUUUAGCCCUUUCAUGGAGGAUUUCGAUUUCCUGGCGUCUCAGUCCUUAAUCAACAACUUCCCAGCGGAUGUGAUAGGAGAGGACUUGGCAUCGUAA